AUGUCGACUAGUCCCAAAGUUGAGGCUACGGAGGUGUCGAAGGUGGAGGAGAAGGGACAGCAAGACUCCUUCAAGGAGGCCGACGAGAAGGCUCCUUACAUCGAUGUCACCUCGGAGGAUCCCGAGCAUGUCGAGGGAGCCGCUCUUUCCCAAAGCUACCUGAAGAAAGUGUACAUCAUCAACCGCGUGAUGAAUGAGCACGUCGGAUUCUCCAGAUGGCACUGGGGGCUCAUGCUUCUUUCGGGUUAUGGCUGGCUUGGUGAGUGUCUUGAGUGUUCUUGGCCCACCGAGCAAAAAGGGAAGACCUCGGAUGCGGCUGCAGCAUCUAGCAUGAGGCAUUUCCAGCUCGGUACUGAAUCCUUUGGCCCCUUUUCGAUCGCUGGCCGCAGUGGACAACCUUUGGCUCCGUGAGUCUUCGUAGACGUGCUCAAAAAAGGCGUUAGGCGUGGAUGCAACUCACACGAAGGCUUGUCUGGUCCGCAGAGGGUGUCGCCAUCAUUUUGCCUCAGGUCAACCGUGAAUUUGCGCCCCAACACGUCGAGUGGAUGACCUUUGCACUCUACAUUGGUCUCAUCCUCGGUGCUGCAGGCUGGGGUGUCGCAGCAGACAUCAUUGGUCGUCGUCCCGCUUUUAACAUUACCCUUUUCCUCGCUGGUGUAUUUGGUAUCGCGGCUGGAGGUGCUCGCAACGAGGUCGCUCUGGGUGGUUUGCUUGCUGCCCUCGGUGUCGGCCUCGGCGGUAACUUGCCCGUGGACGGCAUGCUCUUCCUGGAGGUGAGUGGCGCGACAAGCAGUCUUAGGAGUGAUGGCAUACACUGAUACGAUUUUCUCCUGCUCUAGUUUAUCCCCGGAUCCAAGCAGUAUCUUUUGACCCUGCUCUCCGUCUUCUGGUCUAUUGGUGUGAGUGCUUGAGAUACUGAUCGUGUGCUACUUGAGGCUACGGCGUGGUCUAAGACAGAAUUUCCUCACUCUGCUCUCUCCAGCAACUCAUUGCUUCCCUUGUUGCAUGGGUCUUCAUCGUCAACUAUACUUGCUCUGGGGACAACACUGACAUUGCUACUUCCGGUGUGUGCAUCUCGUCGGAGAACCAAGGCUGGAGAUACACUUUCUACACUCUGGGAGCCGUCACGCUGGCUGGAUGGUUCUUCCGCUUUGUCGUCUUCCAAUUGCCGGAGUCUCCCAAGUACCUGCUGUCUCAGGGUCGUGAUGCAGAAGCUGUCCAGGUCGUCAAGGAAAUCGCCCGCCGCAGCGGCAAAGAGCUUGGUGACGACAUCCUCUCGGUAGCGCUCCUGCGUUCCGCUGCUGGCGAAGCUCAUGAGAUGUCAGAUGCUGACGAGAUUGUGCCCGAGAAGCGCGGUCUCGCAGGUCUUCUUGCGGUGCCCAAGCAGCUCUUCGCGGCUACAAAGAACUUCAGCCCAGCGCAUUUGAAGCCCGAUCUCAAGCUUGUGAAGCCUCUCUUCGCCACGCCUAAGCUUGCCUACAACACCUCGAUCAUCUUUGUGCUCUGGUCCUUCAUCGGUCUCGCCUACCCGCUCUUCAACGCUUUUCUGCCUCUGUACCUCGAAUCGAGGAGCGUCGGUACUGGGAACGCCAGUGUCAACGAGACCUACUCUCAGUACGCUUACAUUUCCAUCUGCGGUGUACCUGGAUCUCUGAUUGCUGCCUGGAUGGUCGAGAUGCCUCGCUCUGGACGUCGCGGUGCUAUGGCGCUCGGCACGCUCCUGACUGGUAUCUUUGUCAUCGUUUCCACCCAGUCGCCAAACAAGGGCGCUUUCUUGACUUUCCUGUGUCUCGAGGCACUGUUCCAGGUGAGUGAUCUGCAAGGUCCUUUCAUGAUGCUCUGCACCAUUGCGCUCGAGCUCAAGCCUCGCCCUUUGAAUUUCUCCUCCUCUCCAGAACAUCAUGUACGGUGUGCUCUACGCCUACACCCCCGAAAGCUUCCCAUCGCCUGUGCGCGGAACCGGAGACGGCAUUGCAAGCUCGCUCAACCGUAUCUUCGGAUUGAUGUCUCCCAUCAUUAGAAUCUACGGUGCUUCGGAGAGCGGACCAGGUGUCAAUGCACCUCUUUUCACAUCUGGCGCCAUGUUCAUCUUUUGCGGUCUCCUCAUGCUCACUCUGCGCGUGGAGAGUCAAGGACGCACAGCAUUGUAA